AUGGCGGCCGGCGCUGGCAAGGUAAGCCGAGGCGGCGGCGGCGGCGGCGGCGGCGGCAAGGGAGGCUGGACCCGUUGUGGCGUCGGCGCUCUAAGUCCUCGCAGUCCGUCCGCGGAGAGGUCGGAAAGUUUCCUGCCUCGCUGGGCACUGCCUGAGCGUGUCCCGCCGGCCCGAGGAGUGGAGGCUGCGGCGGACCCAGCCCGGGGCCUCCAGGCCUCUCCCCCCGCCUCCGGGCCAGCCUCCCUCCCCCACCUCCUGCUCCGCCGAGGCUGCCGUCCCUGCGAUGCGACCCUCGCGCGGGCGACCCUGAGCGGAGGCGGCCGGGAGCCCGAGCGUCCGAGCGCCAACUUCCCGCCGCCGAGACCCCGGAGCCUCCCGGGGGGUCGCGCCUCGCCCGGCCCGUCCCGGCCUGCGACGCCGCUUCCCCGCCCCGCUCGCGGGGACGCCCUCCAGGUGCCCGGGCGGCCGGAUUGGGCAGCGGCCGGCGCCCCCGCCGGUGCCUGCCGCGGGCGCCGCCGACCCCCGUCGCCGCCGCCGCCGCCGCGGCGGCUCGUGCCGGCCCGGGGACCCCGAGCCACCUCCCGGGCGGCUUCGGCGCCGCAGGGGCGAUGCCGACGGUGCGGCCGGCGGUCUAGCCCCGCUCGCCCCGCGGAGCCCGCGGCCCUAAGGACCCGCGGGCUGCCCCGCCGGCUCUCGGCUCGGCCCGCCAGGACCCUCCCGGCCGCCGCGCGCCGAGCCCGUCCUUCGAUGCUGCAGUGCUGUCACGUUUCCGCCACCGAGGGGGGAACGCGGCCGCCAUCCCAGCCCCAGCCCCAGCCCCAGAACUGGUGUGUGACUCAUCGGCUCGGACACCUCCAGUCCCCGAACUGCCUUCCAGGACUGCUCCGGGCCGCAGCUGUCCGAUGCCGUUGCCUCCCAGGGCAGAAGAUGGACUGA